UUCCAAAUUGACAGACGUCAAAAUCUCCACGUGAGUGUGCACAAAUUUGAAGUCACUCGGUGUAGUUAGGAAGAAAUAAAAUUCGAGAAUGGCUGCUACACCUGCAAAUCCCCCAAUGGACGACGAGCGAGUGAAGGCGCUGACCAAUUACCGUGCCAGGCUCCUGCAGCACCGCGAGAUCGAAUCCAAAUUGAAGGCUUUGCGGGACAAGUACAAGGUCGUGAAUGCCCAGUAUGAGAAGUCCGAGGACGAUCUGAAGGCUCUCCAGAGUGUGGGUCAGAUGGUCGGGGAAGUUCUGAAGCAGCUCACCCCGGACAACUUCAUCGUGAAGGCAUCGAACGGACCGCGCUACGUGGUCGGAUGUCGCCGGCAGAUUAACAAGGAGAAGCUAAAGCCCGGCACACGUGUCGCCCUGGAUGUGACCACUCUCACCAUCAUGCGCUAUUUGCCGCGGGAAGUCGAUCCCCUGGUGUACAACAUGACCCAUGAAGAUCCCGGAAACGUGAACUACGCUGAAAUCGGUGGACUUGGUCAGCAAAUACGCGAGCUUCGCGAGGUCAUUGAACUGCCGCUACUAAAUCCAGAUAUUUUCCUACGCGUGGGAAUAAGUCCGCCCAAGGGAUGUCUGCUCUACGGACCACCUGGCACCGGAAAAACUCUCCUGGCCCGCGCCAUCGCCUCCCAGAUGGACGCCAACUUCCUGAAGGUCGUUUCCUCUGCAAUUGUGGACAAGUACAUUGGCGAGAGUGCCCGACUGAUCCGGGAGAUGUUUGCCUACGCCCGUGACCACCAGCCGUGUAUCAUAUUCAUGGACGAGAUUGACGCAAUCGGUGGUCGCCGCUUCUCGGAGGGAACAUCCGCCGACCGAGAGAUCCAGCGCACGCUGAUGGAACUGCUUAACCAGAUGGAUGGAUUCGAUGCCCUUGGCCAGGUGAAAAUGAUCAUGGCCACCAAUCGUCCGGACACACUCGAUCCGGCUCUGCUGCGUCCUGGACGACUUGAUCGCAAACUGGAAAUUCCGCUGCCCAACGAAGUGGCGCGCAUGGACAUUCUCAAGAUUCACGCCGAACCACUGAACAAACGCGGCGAAAUCGACUAUGAGGCGGUGGUUAAGCUCUCCGAUUUGUUCAAUGGCGCCGAUCUACGGAACAUUUGCACGGAAGCCGGGCUCUUUGCCCUUCGCUGUGAUAGGGAGUUUGUCAUUCAAGAGGAUUUCAUGAAGGCCGUCCGCAAAAUAUCGGACAACAAGAAGCUGGAGUCGCGUCUGGAUUACAAGCCUAUUUAGAAAGCUCGGGAGGCCAAUAGGAGUUAACAAAUUUAUAUAUUAGCCAUUUAUAUAUGCCCAUUAAACCGUAAAACCCUAAAGACUUAUGAUGAUA